AUGGAGCACGCCUGCCUCAACAGGGUGACGACGAUUCCCGAGAAGCGGGAUGCCUUCGGCACUCACAUUAUCGGCUUCCGCAGAGGACUUUCGACGCAGGAUGCUAUGCUGCAAAUCAAGGAACAGGUCAUUAACGCACCAAGCACAAACGUGCGCGCCCUGCUCGGGUUAGACCUCAAAAGCGCCUUCGAUACAGUAAAACAUGCUGCCAUUUUGGACAAGAUCAGCCAACUAGGUCUUGGUUCAAGGUUCCACCGGUACGUCAGCAGCUUCCUGACCGGACGCAAGGCGAAGGUGAAGGUCGACAGUGCCUCACCACGAACAGUUGACAUUGGGGGUGCGGGUACGCCAUAG